GCCGCUGCCGGUCCUGGCGCGCACAGAAGCGCUCGCCCCUGAGCCCUCGCCUCCCCGGCCGCCCUCCUCUUCCUCCCUUUUUCCCUGCAUCCAUCCUUCCUUCCUUCCUCCCGCCCUCCAGAGCCCGCAGCCGGGGGCCCCCGGGGUGGGGGGGGGGCGGGGUGCAUCCCGGAGGGCAUCCCGGAGGCGCCACCGCCAUGAGGCUGAGCCGGAGAUGCAGGUCCCCCUCGUCCAUCCCCGGGGCGGCCGGGGAUGGGGGCGGGGGGCUGAGCCCCCCGGGGAAGAACCCUUUCGUGCACGACCUGCGCUUCACCCUGCUGCAGAAAGCCCAGAUUGCCUUCAUGACGCUGACCCUGUUCCCCAUCCGAAUCUUGUUUGCUGCCUUUAUGAUGCUCCUGGCCUGGCCUUUUGCAUUUGUUGCUUCAAUGGGAUCCGCAGAGAAGGAACUGGAAAGACCUCUGGCCUUGUGGAGAAAAGUAGUGGACAUCCUGCUCAAAGCCAUUAUGCGAACAAUGUGGUUUGUCGGUGGAUUCCACUGGGUAACUGUGAAGGGAAGGCAGGCCUUACCCACAGAAGCAGCAAUCUUCACUCUGGCUCCACAUUCCUCCUAUUUCGAUGCUAUUCCUGUUACGAUGACUAUGUCCUCCAUUGUGAUGAAGGCAGAAAGCAGAGAUAUUCCUGUUUGGGGAACUCUCAUCAAAUAUAUCCGGCCAGUGUUUGUAUCUCGUUCAGACCAGGAUUCUCGCCGGAAAACAGUUGAAGAGAUAAAAAGACGUGCUCAGUCGAAUGGCAGAUGGCCUCAGAUCAUGAUAUUCCCUGAGGGGACUUGUACGAACAGAACCUGCCUAAUUACCUUCAAGCCUGGUGCAUUUAUCCCAGGAGUUCCAGUACAGCCUGUAAUUCUUCGUUAUCCAAACAAACUAGAUACGAUUACAUGGACAUGGCAAGGUCCUGGAGCGUUGAAGAUUCUUUGGCUUACCUUGUGUCAGUUUCAUAAUUUUGUGGAAAUUGAGUUCCUUCCAGUAUACAUACCUUCAGAGGAGGAAAAGAGAAACCCAGCCUUAUAUGCGAAAAACGUGAGACGGGUAAUGGCAGAGGCCUUGGGAGUUUCCAUAACAGAUUACACUUAUGAAGACUGCCAGCUGGCAUUGGCUGAGGGACAACUCCGUCUCCCUUCAAACACUUGCCUCUUAGAGUUUGCCAAGCUCGUGAGAAGCCUGGGGCUGAAACCAGAAAAACUUGAAAAGGAUUUGGAUAAGUAUUCAGAAAGUGCAAAGAUGAAGAAAGGGGAAAAGGUUGGCCUUGCCGAAUUUGCGGCAUGUUUGGAAGUUCCAGUUUCUGACACAUUAAAGGAUAUGUUUGCUCUCUUUGAUGAGAACGAAGGAGGUAAAAUUGAUGUCCGAGAGUACGUGAUUGCUCUGUCUGUUGUAUGUAGGCCAGCAAAGACCUUGGAAACAAUUCAACUGGCAUUUAAGAUGUAUGAGUCACCAGAUGCUGGCAGCAUAAAGGAGGAAGAUUUGGCUUGCAUUCUGAAGACGGCUAUAGGUGUGUCCGAACUCAAUGUAACCGACCUCUUUCGAGCAAUAGAUGAAAAAGGAAGGGGAGAGAUCACAUUUGCUGACUUUGACCAGUUUGUGAAAAUGUGCCCAGACUUUGCAGAAGAGUAUUUAUAUCCUGACCAGACAAAUUUUGAGAGUUGUGUGCAGACCCCCUCUUCUCCCACCCCUAAUGGUUUCUGUCCUGACUUCAGCCCAGAAAACAUCGAAGACGAGCGGAAUCCUUUGCGGAAGAAACUGGACUAACAGUGAAACACCAUCUCCCUCUCCUGGCGAGAGGAGACCUCUUUCCUAAACUCUACUUAGUCAAACCACACAUUAGCAAUGUUCGCUGUAUUCUCUUUUGUGCGUGUGAGAAUCUCCUAGCUUCAUCUCCCACAACCUGUAAACCUAUCGUCUUCAAACUUGAGCUUUUUUGCUGUUGUUUUUGUAAAAGUCUUAAGAACCAGGAAUGUGAAUGCGCUACAUUCUUCGUGUGUGCGUGUUUGAAAGCCACACACUUAUUUAUAUUCCAUUGUUUAGUUUCAUGUACAAAGUGUCUUAAAGAGUGUGCAUGUAUAAAGAAUUAUGUAGCUCCUGUGGUGUUAAGUGCACUUUGGUGAAUAGUGCUUUCCUCUGCUUAGGGACAGUUCAUUUUGUGUUGGCUUCAGUAGUAGGUCCCAGAAGCAAAUUAUGCACAGAAAAGGCAGAUUUUGUUUUGUUUUGUUUCAGAUGAUCAUGUUUUUAAUUUCCCAUCAUCAGCCGUCAAUUUGGUCCUUAAUGUCAUCCAUCCUGUGGUGGUAUGGAAAAGAAGGGACAACUAAUUCUCCCCCGCCUGCCCCAGACAUUCACGCCUGCAGCCGAAAAGGGAAGCGUGUAGGAUGUUUUGGGAAAUCAGUAGCUAUCUUGCUGCCUGUCACAAAUACCAAGUUUGGCAGAGACAAUUAUUGCUUUGUAAUCAUUUCUAUAUUUGUGUGGGAACUUGUAAAUGUUUUAUAAACUUCAUUUAGAUACUUAGGAAAUACGUGUGCUGCAUUUUUAUGAAAAGGAGGGUUGGUUUUUCUACUUCAUUUUUCCUGUUAGAUUAAGGAAUGUUGAAUUAUUGAUCUGUUUUUGAUACAGAUACUGGUUUUGGUUUGACCUUUUAAAAUUCCGAUGUUCCUUUCACUUGAAUCAUAAAGAUGCUCCAGAGACGGUCACCAACCUAACAGAGAAAAGCAAAUUUCUAUUCCAUAACUGUUGAAGAGUGAUUACAAUCAUUGUCCUUGUUUUUUUCUCAGUAACAAUGCAGGGUUUCUGUUUUAAAUGACCAGGUGUUUGAAGUCAGGGUGAUCUCUUUCAAUAUAGAUCAUAGUUUGAAACUGUUUGCUAAUAAAAUAAAAGUGAUCAGUAGGAUUAAGAGAUCUAAAACAUUUCUUUUUUUUUAUAGGAAAGUAUUUCCAGGGACCCCAAGUUGUUAGAGUUUUUUGUGGGUUUUCUUUUUAACGUUUCAACAGACUGCGCGACUUAGGGCAAAAACUAUAUUUUGCCCUUCUCCUAUAUGUAUUCUUCCGAAUCCCAGUUUUGUUUUCCAUUAAAGGCUCACCCCUGCAGGCAGCCUGGUCUAAGGGUAAUGCAGUGGAAUGCAUCUCCGUAGUCUGUCAGAUGUUCCUGAGAGGUGUAUGGGAACGGUCACCAUCGAAACAAAGUUUGUCUUAUAGAAUACCUACCUGGUGCUAUUGAUGGCAAGAAGCCAGAAUUUGGGAUUUCCCAAUACUGCAUUAGAGACGCUACUGCAGCUUCUUCCAACUGCUGGGUUUUCCAGGCACCUCCUGGAAGUCUGAUUCCCAAGACUCAGGAAUAGCUGAUACAGAAGGCAACCAGUAGCAGCAGGGCAGAAGACAGACUUACCACGAUCAUAGGAUUGUAGAUUUUCAUUCUUCCCUUCGCCUCCUAUACAAAGCAAUCCUAGUCUUACUGGAGAAGAGUGUCACUUGCAAAGCGAGGGAAGAGAGUUUAGAGGUUUUGAGUUUUUCCAUUGAUUUUCUCUGAUUCAGGAUGUAGGGCAGCCAAAAUUAGGCCAAAAUUCAUUCGUAAAGCAUAGCGAUUUGGCAUUUCCUCAAGUUACUUGUUGUGGAAGUAAAAAGCAUUGAAAGCAUUGAACCUUAUUGGAAAUAAUUCAUUUGUAAUUUGCAGUAAAAAAUGGGCCUGAAUUUGAACUUUUGGCAUACAGGUGACUUCUCGAUCUAGUAAGAGCAGCCUAAUCUUACAAAAGAUGUGACACUUCCAUCCUUCAUCUCGACCAGUGGAAAUCCAAAAUCUAUUAAACUUCAAUCCUGUUGGAUUUAUUAUUGGCAUUUUUUUCCCCUGUGAAUUUUGCCUAAUUUGAACCCACAGGACGUUGUUUGAUUUUAAAUUUAAAUCGAAGGUAAACCAAGUGCUUAAGAACAUCACGACCUCGACUUUCUGGACACAAAACAACUGGACUGCAGGCUUAGUAGCUAAAAGUUAAUGGUAGCGAUUUUUAUAACUAUGUAACUAACAGAUAAUUUGCUCUUUUAAGAGAGGAAAACACUGCAUGCUAGGAAAAGCACAAAAAUGAUCAAUGAAGGAGGUUCAGAGAACAAAGAUAUUUUGAGGGAACAUUCUGCAGUAAGGCCUAAAUCUGAAGUGCCCCCCUGUUUCCCUCAGGUCUGUAUAUGAAGUGGUUUGGGGAAUGCAAUUGUGCAUUUUUCCAAAAAACCUCUGAUCCACAGACUCUCAAUGGAUGUUUGCACCUCCGGAUUCUCUCGUUUUCUUAUGUAGUGAUUGGUUCGUGUGCUUCCUGAACUGUGAAUGUAGAUAGUCUUAAGAUAAAUAGCACGCCCCUCCUUUUUCUUUUUUUUCCCCAGAGGGUGAGAGGAUGGAGCUUUAGUACUUUUUAUGCUACCCUGGUUUUGGAAGCCAAGAUCAGCAGGCAUUUGAUAUAUUUGUCUAGGCCUGUGAAUGUAUAACGAAGGAUUGGGUGGGUGGGGGGGAACAGGGGAAAGGCACUGGCUUUGUCUCUGUCUACCGUGAAAAUAAUUUUGGAUUUUAGAUGUUGAAAAAUAAAAUGUAAAAAUCUUGAAUAAGCAAGUAUAUAUUUUGUUAUAUGUUGUCUUUUACUGUAAAGAUCGAACUAGAUGUUUCUUCUAUUUUGGAGUGUAGAUUCAAGGAAGAUUGGGGUAAUGUGAAAGUACUUUUCUAGCCUGAAAAGAUUUUACAAAAACAAUUAAAAUCUUAUAAGGAAAAGGGAAACUAUAAGGAAACUAUAUUUGAGAGGUGAUUUUUUUGCUGCUCUGUGUAUGGUAGGUAAAUGGAGUGUAAGCUGUUUGUGGCUGUCUGUCUACACAGUGUUCUGUGUUAGUGAUUUGUUUACGUUAAACACAUAAUGGACCGUCUGUAAUAAGUACCUAGGGCAAAUACCAUCCUAUAUACAGAGUCUCUUGUAAGUUACUCAGUGUCAAAACAGUCGAAUGAAGUCCCGAGCCCCUCUCUGUCGAUCGGAGCCCUUCUAAAGAGCAAGGUUACGUAAGCAUCUGCUAGCUUGUCACGAUAUCACAUUUAUCAUCAUGACCGUAGCACCGUAUCGCGGCAUUUCAGUGAUGUCUACCGGUAUCGUUGGUGAAACGUUUUGUAAUUCUCUAUUUCCAGCUGUGUAAAGACAUCUAGAUGGAGCACUGAUGUUGAUUUUACCAUUUGGAGAAGAAUAAAGUUUGAGCCUAUUCUCCCCGUCAGGCCCAGGAAAGCCCGUAGCUUUGUAUCUUCCUUGAGGCGGAGAUGGGGCGGGGGGUGGGGGGUCAGCCAACCUCCUAAAUCCAUUCGUUUUGUCCAUUGACGCCACAGGGGAAGCCUGGGGGUGUCGGGCAAGGAGAAGGGCAUAGGCUUCCCCCCCUUACAAAGCUGGUGGGAAGUCGGAGGGGCAUUUCCAUGCUGUGGCAUCCAGUCACACACCUCUGAUCCAGGCUCAGGGCAGUAGCAGACUCCCUUUCGCACUGGUGGCUUUCCCAAGCAUGUCCUAAAACAUCUUGACACAGGCCCCUGCGACUCCCGCCAGCCCAGAGAAUCAGACCGAUAGAUCCUCCGGUGACAGAUAAAGGGCUGGGAUUUACUUCACAUGUUAAAUUUACAGGCUCAAUAUUGAGACAGUCCUCUGGAGCGUAGCGGCAUGUCCUGGGACUCGCACAUCUGCCUCUUUCUGGUUUGAAAUCGAUACCUGACAGGCCCAGUCAGUAGUGAAGGAAUGUUCUUUACAAUCUCCAGAGGGCUGGAGGUGGUCUUUCUACCUCACCUGUACUGAGUUAAUCAUAUUUACUGAGUGCCUACUGUGUGCAGAGCUCUAUUACUAGGCUCUCGGGAGAGAACUGUAGAACAGAAUUGGUAGACACGUUUCCUGCCCCCAACAAGCUUACGGACUAAGAGGGACUUUUUGCCCAGAGAUCACUUGCCGAAUUGUACUUUCCCAGCACUUAGUGCAACGCUCUGCACACAGUAAACGCUCAGUAAAUACGAUUGAAUGAAUGAAUGACUUUCUGAGGCAGGACGCUGAACGAGCUGAAUCCAGGAGCUUGCCACAGUUCAUUCGAUGGUAUUUACUGAGCGCUUAUUGUGUGCCAAGCUCUGUACUAAGCACUUGUAAUAAACCCAAUAAAACCAUUCCUAUUUUCCUACCUGGAAAAGCCAGGUUUAUUGGAGCAGACGAAUAAGGAAGGUGGUUUUAAUGGGUCAAUGAUCGACCAACUCCCUCAAAAGAACACAGUGUAGGUCUGGUUGUCUUUGCUCUGUCAUGUCUCUCCUAACUGGCUCCUGGGAACCAUUUACACAGACAUGAAAUUCUUGCACUGAAAUGAAUAACCUGACAGGAAAAAAGGGAGGAAAUAACGUAAACCCUAUCAUGGCAGUAUUUUAGUGGCGACACAGUGGCCAGAUGCUGAUCUUUUUCAAGUAAUGUAUAGUUUCAAUGCUAAAAUUUAGGUUUCAUAGUUUCUAUGAAAUUGUUUGGAAAAAAACCUGAGCACAUUCAUUGAGAACUUUGGACAUUUUUGUACAUUUUCUCCAGUUUUUAAAUAGUUUGGGUCUAACUGUAUCACGUGCUACUAGUAACAUUCAGUAAAUUUCUUAAAGGAAAUACCUCAAUUUGAGAACUUUUUUUCCGGUCAAUUGUCUAGCGAGUAGAAUUAUGUCUUGUUUGAUAUUUUCUGUAAAGUGCUCACAAUUGCACUGAGCCAAGCAGUGGUAGAAUUAUGUCAGCGGGAAUCCCGCUUCGGGAAUGGGCCGACUUCCUGAGAGGACCCAGGGCCCCGAAUUCAAGUCAGGGUUUCAAGGAACUUCCUACCAGGGCCUGGGGCAUGACCGGGGUCCAUGCUCAUUCUGCACAACUGAAUGUGUUUCCUGUGACUGGCAUGCUGUAAGUUGACUUUUCAGUGUGAAACCAAAUAAAAUUUAGAAAAAAAGCA